GAGAGAGAGAGAGAGAGAGAGGGGAGCCGGUCACUCGGGGCAGAGACACGAAGGCUGGUUCUUACCGAACGGAACCGAACAGUCAAAGUAACAGAACUAUACGACUGAAGAACAACAUCAGCAAAGUAAAUGUAAAGACUGUGCGGCCACUUUGAUAGUGAGCCGAUAGAGAGACAGAUAGAGAGAGAGAGAGAAGAAAGAGAGAGAGAGAGAGAGAGACACACACACACAGAGCGAUAGACUGGCUGACUGACCGGCUGCGGAGGAAGAGGAGGAGAAGGAGGUGGAGAGAACCGACGGGAGGAGGACGGACGCAGCGGAGGAAGGAAGGAAGCAAGCAGAGGAGGCUGGAAGAGAAGCAGAGGAAAAGGGAGGAGGAUUCUCUGGAGUUCUCCGGUGCUCCCCUCUCGCGCUCCUCCACCCCGGCCCGCGGAUGUCUGCUCUCCGGCGGCUGUAAAUGUUGAACUUGAUGGGUGUUCCAAACACCACCGCCGCCAAUGUCUCCUGCACUUGUAACUGCAAGCGCAUCACCUCGCUCCAGAGCAUGGAGAUCACCCAGCUGGAGUUCGUCCAGAUCCUGGUGAUCGUGGUGGUGAUGAUGGUGAUGGUGGUGGUCAUCACCUGUCUGUUGAACCACUACCGCCUAUCAGCACGCUCGCUCCUCUCCAGACACGCCCCCACGCGCAGGAGACACCUGCCACUGGCCAACGAGGGCAGUCUGUGGUCGUCUGAGGGCACCGGGACAAACAGUGGUCUGAACGAGGUGUACAACCCUCGACCUCCGGACCGAGGCGUCCACUCGUCCUACCUUCAGCGGGAGCCUCCGCACGGCCAGUCGCAGCCCGCCCUCCAGUCGCAGCGCUUCCAGCACACGUACGCCCCGAGUCGCUUCCAGCCGACGUACCCCUACCUGCCCCAGAGCCUCAUCGACCUCCCCCCCACCAUCUCCCUCUCAGACGGAGAAGAGCCGCCGCCCUACCAGGGCCCCUGCACCCUGCAGCUCCGAGAUCCAGAGCAACAGAUGGAGCUGAACCGCGAGUCGGUCCGAGCGCCGCCCAACAGAACAGUGUUCGACUCCCAUCUCCUGGACCCAUCCAACUCCUGUCUGCAGGCCAGUCUGCAGGCUCCUCCCCCGAGCGUCCAUUCGGGCAUCAGUGUGUUAGAAGCCCAGGAGGCCUUGUCCCGGCACCAGAAGCAGGGCUCUCGAGUAGAGGGAGCGCCCCCGGCCUACAGCGAGGUGAUCGGGCACUACUACCACCCGACAGCCCUGAACUCCAGCCACAACCAUCGGACUGUUCCAUCCGCACAAGCACCCCCGUCCUCGCUCAUACAUGGUCUGAUCCGACCUCCGCCUCAGCAGCAAGGAAGUGUGGACAACAGGAACGCAAGGAAUACAAAGGAGAAAUCCCAGAAGCCCCAGCAAGUGUGACAGUACUGUUUCCUCUUUUCUAGCCCGCAGGAAGGAUUAUGCCUCGCCACUUUGGGGAAACGGUCAGCAGCCAACAAGGAACAACCUGGUCGGUGGUUAACUCCACAGGUUUAAGGGCUGGUUAGUUGUGGCCGUAGCUGACACGGUUUCCCCUCAUCACGGAUCGGGCUAGGAGCGAGAGGCAGCAGCGCACGCCGGCUUCUCGUUAGGUAGGAACAUCUGGAACCCGCAUCAUUCCUGCAGAGCAUGGGCGCAGGAGAACAUCUGGUACUUCCUGCUCCACAGUUUCCAGUAUCACUUCGGAUGAACCGAUGAUGAUGUCCGAGAAGGAGGUUGAAGGGCGGAGGCGGGGGAGAGGGCGGAUACAGAUGCCUCCUUCUCCCCCACAGCAACUCCUCUCGCUGCAGCUCAUCGCUCCUCCACGAUUGAACUAGCCUUCACUCAUUAUAAAUAUUUACUCGUUCUGUUUGUUUCUGUAGAACUUUCUCUUUGUUUGUUCGACGCUUACAGGAUCAUUUCUAUCCCUGCAAACGGUGAAAUGUUGCAGUCUCCUUGGUUCUUCCAGGAUUUGUUUUGUUUUCUCGUGAUAAUCCCCCCCCCACUCGCUGCUUUGACUCCAGUAAGUUUGUUCCCGACUGCACAGUUCAGCGUUUGGCGGCGACUCCUGCAACAGGCUUUAGCUGCAUCACUGAGACACGUUAGCACUCAACCAUAUUCACACAAGCUAGACGUCGCUAUCAUUACUUUAAAACUAGCUUACGAGUUGUAGCACAGUGCUAAAAAACGUCCUCGAGCUAAACAUCAUGCCUUAUAUUGACCAACUGAUGCAGGAGUUGUCGCUUAAAUCUUUUCCCUUUUUUUUGUUUUAUGUUUUCUGAAGAAGGUUUGCACAAAGUUCAAGACUGUUGACCCCAGAAAAAACCCGCAAUAUGAUUGAUAAGAGAGAAAAUAGAGAAAGUAGGGGUAUUUUUCUAAACUAGGUGGAUUCUUAUCGGUGAAGAUGUUUUUUUUUUCUGUUUGUUUUUAUAUGUUGUGUAGUUUUAGAAAAAAAGAAAAGAAACAAACAUCUGUAAUCUGUUGGGGUGCCAACUUUCACGUUGAACAUUUUUGCUACAUACAUGUUGGCAUGUAUAUAUGUUACAAAUGGACGACAUAUACACACACAUGUAUGCAAACCGAGAGCAAACUUAAAAGCACGAACUUAGAGUUAUUUAUAUAAUUGCUAAAAAGAAUUGCACUAUUUUUUAGUACGCGCAGAUGGAACGUGUGAGAGAGACUUUUAUUGUGAAGGAGCUCUGUCCAUUGAGAAACGAAUACGAAGAGAGGAACCAUGGAGGGGGGGUGGGGGCGAGGGUCGGGGCCAGGUCAGUGCACAGCGGCAAGUAUCAUGAGAACAUAUCACGGGAGAGAUUCUGACUUUGAUUCAAAGGACUUGGAACAACCAUUACUGUACCAUUGAUAUAAAAGUAAAAAAAAUUAAAAUCCCUGGUUUAUGCAAAUGUCCGAGUCCUGCGAGCCAACCACAAGUCAGCAUCCAACCGAACCUGUGGGCCCAAUCAGAAACCCUGCUCGAAGCUCUCUCUCUCAUCCUAGUGGCCGAAUCGUUAGCCAAUCCCAAAGCUGGCUGUCACUACCUCGACCAAACAAGUCAAGCACAUACGAGUUUGCUCACAUUAAUCAGACGUUGUCUCAUCGAACAAAAGUCUGAACUAAUCAAGACAAUGUGUAUUGUAACAGUGAAAGAAAUUAGAGUAGUUUUAAAAAUCCUGCUGUGUGUUAUUUUAUUUUGAAUGUCAGACUAGUUGUUUGUUUGUCGUGUGAGAAGAGAGCGGGAACGACGCAGGUUCAGUGACGCCAGGUCGCCCGAAAUGAGUGAUACGCCGACUGUGCACUGCCGUGGCCACACACACACAAACACAACGUUUCUGCAGUUUCAUUUAGAGUCGCAUCUCUCCUGCCUUUUCAGCACACACACACACAAGUACCCACAAUCCCCUCUGGCGAGUUUCUCUCUUGCAGGCAUCUCUGAGCACUUUACGGCACCAGGAAGGAGACAACCAUUUUGUGUCAGCCAGCGUCGGCCAGAAUAAAACUUAGUCAAACCUUUUAAAUUGAGUUUAGAUUAAAUUCUCUGAUCUUCUUUAGCUUCUUCGUGUUGGAGGCAGCGCAGGAUGAGUUGUUUUAAACAAGACACGCUGAAGUGUUGAAAAGUGACACGAGUGUUAAUAGCAACUCAUCUUGUGUCAUCUCCUGAACAGUGUGGAAAUAAAGGUCGGAUAAUCAAGUAGAAUCUUAACGUAUGUCUAGUUUAGUCUUUUUUUAAGUUGCUGCUCGUAUAUGUAAAAGUUCCCGUUGUGACCUUCACUCUUUCAACCCUGUGGUUAGUUUGUAUUGAUGUGAAGGAAGCACAGCCCAAAUGAAGCCAGCGCCCUCUAGUGUUCAGUCUUUAUGAAACAGCGCCCUCCAGAGGGAACCAACCAAACAGCAGCCAAAAGCUUAAUUUAGUAGAGGAGAGAUUUAAAGGUUUUAUAAUCUGAUCAUUUGUCUUCUCUUUACUUUUGUAAUCACAGUUGUUCAUCAGUAUCAAUAUAUUCAUCACAUGUCAAACACAAAACAACGAAAUAUUACAAACCUUGAGAUCUUUACUUUCAAAACAGCUGUAAACUGUAGAAAAACAUUAUCUUAAGAGAUUCGUUUUUCUAUUUUAAGAAUAUAUAAUGAGUAUACUGUCAGAUUUAAAUCCUGUGACCACAUGAAAAAGAGAAACUGGUUAAUGACAACACAGAAGCAGAUCAACAGAGUGAGAUCUGUAAUUUACUGUUGAAUCCUGAGUUUAACCUGUAAGAAGAGGAAAAGUUAAGACAAAUGAUCAGAAGCCAUUUCUAUCACUUCCCUCUCUCUUGUCUAGUCUCUCUUCUCUCGCUUGUCUGCUGCUGUAACUCGGCGGCAUUGUGCACUUGAAGAAAAGAAAAAAUCAUUGAAUCAAUCAAAGUUUGAAUCACCUUGUUUGGAGAUAACGAGUCUGGUCCCAAAUGUAUUCUCUACCUUUAUUCCUCACCUCUUCUCUCCUGUCCCGUCCUCUUCUCCCCCUCCAUCACUGUGACCCUUGUGUUUGGGACCGGCUUCGUUCCCUGGUGAAUAGGGUUUGGUUUCCUGCUCUGGAGGGUUUGCAGCGGGUAUGAAAAGGCUGAACAGGCUCUGAUCAGGGCUGUAGGCGAUUAAACUAGUUAGAAUAAUUUAAAGUUGUGUAUCUCAAGUGUAGAUUGAAAUAAAUAUGAAUAGGGAAACUUGCGCUGGCUGACGCUACAAAAUGAAAAAAACAGGAGGAGGGAAAACAGACAUUUUUCAUGUGAUGCUGACACUGACUUCACAAACACACAUGUUUACACACAGAAACAUUAGAGCAACUCUUUCUAGUUCUACUUCAUGAUGCGGUGAAGCUUCCUGCAGCCACUGCUUAACUAUGACAUCUAAACUCAAGAGGUAAAUUGGUACUUUUGUUUUCUAAAUGUUUGUUAAAAAAUGUUGAGUUGAACUGAUCUAAAUUCAAAAGUGUUAACAAGUUAAACUAAUCAGGGCUCAAAUGUCCCAGACUUGUCCGAGCAGAUGAUAAUCUGUGUGUGUUUGGACGGGCCACACCUUUAGCUUAGCAUUAAAGCUAACGUGAGGGGAGUUAACGUCUCAGUUAGCAUAUAAGCCAGCACCGAGUUUUUAUAACCUGACAUUAGACGAGUUAGAGUUAACAACACAGACUUGCCCUGGGAAAGACCUCCAGCUGUCUAGACAGAAGCUAAACACACACACACACACACACACACACACACACAGUAGACUAAAUAAACCUACUUAAGAACCAGACCUUCCACACACACAGGUGCACUUUCAUUCAUCCACACACUCUUAUUAUGGACCACACAAGAUAGCGAAAACAUGUAUCUCUCACACGCACACACACACACACUUCCCUCUUCCUGUCUGAACGAGCUCUACCUGUUCCCUAGAGAUGCCUGCCGUCCAAUGACAGAGCUCCCUUCCAACCGGCCCUUGCCGCCAUUGGCCGGCCGUCUUUUCGGUCUCCCUGGAAAACGUCCGUCGUAUAUUAUUGUUGCUAUGUCGUUACAAGUGUGCCUGCCUGUGCUGAGACGGGCAAAAUGUGAGUGGCUAGUUUGGGCUGUCAAUCAUCCCAGGCCACGCCUCCUUACUGUCUCACGUGAUGAUUGGAUGAUGAUGAUGAUGAUGAGGAUGAGAUUGAGUAUAGUGACGAUGAAGAUGUUUUUGAUAGUGAUGCCGCAGAGAGCGUUGCAAUACACCUACUAUUUGCCUUUUUGAUAAUAUUAGUCAUAUUAACGUAGUGUGCUAAAUGUAAUUUUUUUUAAUUGUUGUUUUUAUUGUUGUUUAUUCACUUGAGAACAAAAAAAAGGUCAUUUUAUUAUCAAUCCACUGAUCACACAGAACUUUUCUUUUUCCAUUUCUAAAAACCAACGUCGACAGAGUAAAGCUACCUAACACGCGAUCGCUGCAGAUCCCCGGGGGAGGACGUGUAAAUACCAGAACAUGUACUUCUGCUUUCAAAGUGCCCUUUUCCAGUUUGAUGUGUGCAUGCUAGCCGCGCCGCUGUGAGCGUGAUUCACGUACGUCACCUGAGAUCAGCUAAUGUUCAAUCGUUGCUGCUCUCGCGCGUACAACUUCAAGUACGAUUCGUUGUGCGCGCUAACCCAGUCUACACGCUACACGGCUAAUCAUCACGUCUCCUCGCCUGGCCCAGCGUCUACACGUGUGCCUUCUGGUGUCCGGUCUCAACAAGGAGACUUCACCCGACUGUAAAAACACAUCACGGUGCAAAAAAAACUCUUCAAUUUCUCUGUUUUUGUUGUCGUCAGAUUUCGAACGGCAGCAAAAUAUCAGAAAACAGACCCUGCUUCUGUCGGGAAAGUGUGGAAGAUCAUCCAUGCCAGAAAAAUAAAGAAGAAUCGACUCAAGCUCAGAAUUCACCUGCUGUUUCCAUGGUCAACAAUGUCCUUUGAUCUCAAUUUAAAAGCUAACGUGGAAAUAAAAGUUCUUCAAUUUCAUCCGAUUCUUUUUUUUUCAAUUCCAAUAAUUUCUUUCUUGACAACUUUGAAACAGCUCCAUCUGCUGGGGAGAACUGUGCACUUCAGUUAAAAGCACCUAUUGAGUCUCAAACCUGAUUUAUUGUAAAUUUUGUAUCUGUUCUGAAUAUAUAUUUGUUAUCAUUCCAACGUUCUGGUCAUUUUUCUGGCAUGAACGAACUUCCAUAAGUUUCUGAUAACCCCUCGGCCGCCACUGAAGUCGACGAAGCCCAGUUGGUCUGCGUUCGAUCCGUGUGACCUCUCGGAGAGAAUCUGCAGCUCAGUUUCCUGUCUUCAGUCUCGUUUAAGACAUUUUUCCAAAGAAGGAAUCAUCCUAAACAAAACUCUUGCAUCUGUAAAAAAAAAAGAGUAAAAAGACAAGAGUUACUUCUGACUUGAACUUUUCUGUUUCUUUCAUUUCUUUGGAGGAACGUUUUGCUUCAGACGCCUUUUUCCAGUUUCUCUAAGUACUUCAGUCACACAGGUGAACCCAGUCGUACUCGUUUGAAGGAGGAGAAACAGCAUGGUACCACAAACACUGGAUAGUAAACUGGAGGAAGGUGAAUAAUAAAGCAGAUGUUUAGCUCCUUUGUGUGUUUGCUCAUCCUGCAUCGUGGUGUUCUUGUUUUCUGCUCGCUCUGCUCUGAAUCAGCGCCGCGCGGCGCCUCUCCUCUGACAAUGUUAAAGAAAAUAUACGAUUACACUCUUUCGGUUGCAGUAUGUAUGUGUGCGUAUUUAAACAAGCCUCGAUAUCUUGCAGGACACAACGCUCGUCCGCCACAGUGACUAUUGUAGAAGUCUUCCACCUGUCGUCGAGUUUAAUCCUGCACGCAUGUUAAAUGUGGGACUUGUACAAUAGAUCCGUUUGUUGUGGUCAGGAUUCCUUCACGUGUCUGGUCCUGAGCUCUGAGAACCUUCAGACCGGCCGGAGCAGACGUCAGAGACGACGUGAAGGAGCCCUGAUCUGCUCUUGUAGAAAAAUGAUGGAUUCUCCUGAAUUUAAAUGAAGCACCGGGCUCACUCAUCUCCCACUGCAGCACAGCAGGGGGGGGGGGGAGAACGAGAGAUGAACCCGGUGCUGGGAGGUUCAGGCUUUGAAUCUGUUUUCUGUCACAGCAUGGCUCGCAGUUAUAUAGAGGCCUACUUAUUCUCAAUGAUGAUAAUUGCUUAUUUGUGUAUUAAAACAGUUUAUUUUAAUUUAUAUUGGAUGGUCUACGUGUUGCUGGGUUUGUUAUUUUCUUCUAUGUUUGUUACAAACAGAAGACAAUGGUUUAUCGUUGUUGUCACAGAACAUGGUAUGAAUCGGACACAUUUCAGUUAGCCUUCGAUUUAAAAAACCAAUAAAAAAGUUUUAUAAAUAC